CACCAUAAUUUAGUUUCAGUAUAGGCAACAUCAAUAAAAAUCGCUUUAGACGGAAUCUUUUUUUUAUUGGAAAUUUGUCUAUUAAUUUUCUCUUUGAGUUAGCCGGCAAGUUUUUGGAAUUAGAUAAGAAGUAGGCACGAUCAUAGGCUGGAAUUUUUAUUUUAAGAUUUCCAUUUAGAAUUUUAUUUUUAGGAUGACUGAUACUGAUUCGUAUAAAACUUCCAAUAAGCGUGAAGCAUCUCAAGACGGUAUGGGUGAUUGCGAGGGUCCUUCUAAACGUCCUAGGAGUGGUGGUCGCGCAGUUGAUGUUCGCUUCCUAGUACAGAGCAAGAAUGCUGGUGCGAUCAUUGGAAAAGGUGGAUCGAAUAUCAACAGAUUGAGGACUGAGUUCACAGCAAGUGUUACAGUUCCCGACUGCCCUGGCCCAGAACGUAUAUUAGCUAUUGUGGCUGACGUUGACACUCUGGGAGAGAUCCUUCUGGACGUUCUUCCAAAGCUUGAUGAUUAUUCUCAUCAUCGAAACAUGGAGUUUGACUGUGAACUACGUAUGCUCCUCCAUCAAAGUCAUGCUGGAUGUUUAAUUGGGAAAGGUGGAUCUAGGAUAAAAGAAUUGAGAGAGAAAACUGGCGCCCAAAUAAAAAUCUUCAGCAAUUGCUGUCCUAAUUCAACAGAGCGAAUUGUACAAAUUUCAGGAUAUCCCAAUGUUGUUGUUAACUGCGUUAAAGAAAUAUGUCACAUCAUUAGUGCUGCACCAAUUAAAGGACCUAAUAAACAGUAUGAUCCUCAUCAUUUUAAUCCAUUAUUUUGUAAUGAUUAUGGAGGUUAUGAAGAGACUGGUCCAAAAGGACGUGGAAGAGGCUCUUUCCGAGGAAGGCCUCCUCCUCCAGCAUGGCGUGAUGAAGUUGUUGAUAACUUCAGUUUUGGUGGACCAGACGGUGGCUCAAAUCGUGGCCGUGGAGGAUUUGGUGGUUCCUUUGGAGGUCGAGGUCGUGGAAUAAUGGGCCAAGGACCAAAUGUUGGAAAUCGAUGGAGCCAGAUGGGUGGUCCUGGUGGUAGUGCAGGAGGCAAUUUAGGUGGAUGGGUAACAGAUAGUGGAAGUAGCUAUGGAGGUAAUCGAAUGAUGGGUUCAGUAAAUGGGCAGAAUCCUGGUAAUUACAUGUCACAAGGUGCAGGAGAUAAACCCAUGGGGCAUGCUAUGGGUGGUCCAGGGCCUCGCAAUCCUAUGAUGAAUGCUGGUAUGGGUGGUGGAUUCCAAGGAGGAGCAGGUGGACCAGGUAUUAAUGGUCCAGGACCUGGUCCAUCUAGGUUCAUGGGAGGUCCUCAGAGACCUUACAAACCUCAAGGUUUUGUUCCACCAGUACCUAAUACUGGAGAAUUAUUUCAGUCAAAGCCAGUACCUAAUCCAAAUGGUACCUAUUCAAUCAUUAUGAAGAUUCCAAAUGAUGUUGCUGGAGCAAUUAUUGGUAAAGGAGGUCAACGUAUUCGUAAAAUUCGACGAGAUUCAGCAGCUACAAUAAAUAUUGAAGAAGCAACUCAGGGUUCAAAUGACCGCAUAAUAACAAUAACUGGUGCUCUUAAUCAAGCACAAAUGGCUCAGCAUUUAAUGCAACAAAGUGUGCGAGAUAAUCAAGGAGGUGGAGCUGGAGGAGGAAGACGUUUUUGAAAAGGCAAUACAUGCACAUUUUUUGUCCUGCACGCAUAGAACUAUUUAAUACAGUGUGAUUAUAUAUCAUCUCAUUUAUGUUAGUGUAAUAUUUGCGAUAACUGCAUUCAUCUGUAUAUCGUUCAAAAUCUGUUUUAAGUUAUGUGCAUUAGCGUCUGACUGUAUACUUUUAAAAUGUUAUGAAAUAAAACUUUGUAAAAAUUAA